CCUCCUCGCCUCCCUUCUCCUCCUCCUCCUCCAAACCAACGCCCAAACCACCCCAUCCGCCCCCGCCCCGGCCGGACCGGCCGGCCCGGUCAACCUGACCGCAAUCCUCGAGAAGAACGGCCAAUUCACCACCUUCCUCCGCCUCCUCAACACCACCCAGGUCGGGAACCAGAUCCCCAUCCAGCUCAACAGCUCCAGCGAAGGGAUGACCGUCUUCGCGCCCACCGACAACGCCUUCCAGAACCUCAAGUCCGGCGCCCUCAACGACCUCUCCGUCCAGCAGCAGGUCCAGCUCGUGCUCUACCACGUGGCGCCCAAGUUCUACUCCCUCAGCAGCCUCCUGCUCGUGCCCAACCCGGUCCGGACCCAGGCCACGGGCCAGGACGGCGGGGCCUACGGGCUCAACUUCACGGGCCAGGGGAACCAGGUCAACGUCUCCACGGGAGUCGUCGACACCCCCAUCAACAACCCGCUCGCCCAGACUUUCCCGCUGGCGGUUUACCAGGUGGACAAGGUUCUGCUGCCGGAGGAGCUGUUUGGGACCCCGGCGCCAGGGGCGGCUCCCGGCGCGCGGCCGCGAGGGGUGUCCGGCGGUGGGGACACCGAUUCCACGGUGGAUUCGCAGCCGGCUGGGCCGACGGCGGCGCCGAAUGGGGCUGGCGGGAGGAAUUUGGGCCGGGGGUUUGGGCUGGGAAUGCUCUGCUUCUUGGGAGCUCUGUUUUGAGACGGCGACAUUCGUUAAAUUGA